GUCCUUAAUUCGAUUCCGAUUCCAGAGUUUGAACCAAACGCCACCUUACUCUUAUGAACCUGUAGAACCUUCAUCCGCCUAUAGGUUGCACUUCAUUCCCCCCACAGACUGCUCAGUCCACAAACCCUUACUAGAUCCCACUAUCUCAACCUGGAAAGAAUUCCAGUCCUUCGCCCUCAAAUAGCCACCACAAUCAUAAGCCUAGCAGCAACUCCGAUACCCCUCGGCCACCGCUUUGUGUCGCCUAGUAACCCCUUCAAUCAUCAUGUACACUCCAGUAAAAUUUCCAUCUUGAACCCAGGAAGAAAGAUAAAGAAAAUCCCCCCAAAAAGGAGUGAAGAAAAGAGACUAGUAGUGAAUUAAUAAUGGUGGUGGCUUCGGGAACCAAUCCCUUUGCUAAGGAGAUGGCUAUCAGAAGACGUAUUGCCGGAAUAUUUAACAAAAGAGAAGAAGAUUUUCCUUCUUUAAAGGAGUAUAAUGAUUAUUUAGAAGAAGUGGAGGAUAUGGUAGUUAAUUUAAUUGAAGGAAUAGAUGUUCCUGCUAUUGAAGCAAAGAUUGCUCAAUAUCAGAGAGAAAAUGCUGAACAGAUCAUGAUUGCUCAAGCUCGUAAGGCUGAAGAGUAUGCUGCAGCUCUCACAGCAAGCAAGGGGCAGAAUGGGCAAGCUGACAAUGAUACGCUCAUGAGCCAAAGCUCUCAAGCAGGCACAAGUACUGGUGCACAAGGCCAAUAUGCCCCAGCCAUUGCCGGAGGAACAAUUCCCCAGCCACGCCCAACAGGCAUGGCACCCCAGCCCGUCCCACUUGGAUCUGGUCCUGAUAUAUUCAUGCAUGAUGAAGACGAAGAAAAAAUAAAAUUGCGAGGAGAAAAAGCUGCAAGGGCAGGAGGUUGGAGUCUAGACUUGAGCAAGAAAAGAGCACUUGAAGAAGCCUUUGGAAGCAUUUGGAUAUAGUUUUUGGUCGUUGGGAUUUUAUGAGGAACCACAAUUUUCUCUAAGUGUAACACGUGCAGAGUUUCAAGAACAUUUAAGAGUUUAAAAUAUCUUCCUCUACUGGAUGGUGGUAACAAUCACUUCCAGGAGAGGCAAAUAUUGAGGCAAUAUUUGGAUAUUUAGCAGGGAUUUUUUGACUUAUAACAUUGUUGUAAUGCUUGAAAUGUUGGCAAGCUCCCGACAUCCUCCUCCCUCCCCCCACCCUUCCCCUCCCAGAAAACCACAAAAAAAAGUGCUUCAAAAUGUGUAACUGUAUUCAUGUCUUCUAUCUUACUGUAUUUCUAUCCUAGGCUAGAUUUUGCUA